AUGCCAGAUUCCAUUACCGUGUUAUGUUAUAUAACGAGUUACCAAAAAAAAUUAAUUCCUAAUAAAAAUCUUUCAAUUGUUAAAGCUUCAGGUGUUGUAAGAUCCCAAAGUCUAGACUCUUCCUUAAACAUUAUUUUAACUGGGUUUUACUACCACGAUACUAUUCAAGAAUUAAAUUUACCUGAAUUUGAGUACAAAGAUGUGGUGCUUACUACUAGAAAUUUUCGUAUCGUUAAAAACAUGGGCCAAAAUAAUGAAAAAUAUUCUAUAUUAAAAAUUACCUUAAAUGAUAUUGUUCGUUUUAAUACCCUUGAUCUUAACAAUUUAUCUGCAUUUCUGAUAUUAAUCAACAUGAUGGCAUUAGUUCAAGAAGACCCAGAAAUCGAUAACGAAAAUAUAGUCAUUAAUGUUUUAACCAAAAAUUAUGUGGACCAAGGUUAUGUUAAUCUUAAACUAACAUGCUAUCAUUCCACUUCUGCACAAUAUUUAACAAAUACAACUGCUGCUAUAAAGAAAGAUUAUGUAAUCUAUAUUAACGGUGAACUCAUGAUAACCGAUGAUGAUAACAUAGUUCAUAUUCAUGCUGUUUCAUUUCUGGAAUACCAGAAAUUAAAUACAAUUACAAAAAAUAACUCAAUGCAAUUUUCAUAG